CUCUUUGUUCCCUCUCUUGUCAUCCUUUUUCUUUUCUGUUACCUAUUUAAUCACUUCAUGUCUACUUAUUUACCCUCUUUUGAUUUACAUCAUUAUCAAGAUACCAUGGAAUCCGUUAAAAAAGAGACACUUGCAUUGUUUCCCAUGAAUGACCACUUGGCAGUGCUGUCCACGUGGACAUUUUUUCGUCAUGCUUCGGCUGCUCAACGCUGGGCGAUUCUUGACGGUUUAUUAUCCCUGUGCGACAGAUCGCAGUUGCAUGCUCUCUACGAUACCAUCCAUUCCCAUCUCAGAUCCGAUUUCACCACUCGCUUGCCGGCCGAGAUCUGUGGCAAGAUUUUCUCCUAUUUAGAUGCACAGUCCUUGUGUACUGCCACAACGGUUUGCCGUCGGUGGAAACUGUAUGCCGACGAUGAUUUGCUUUGGCGGCGAAUGUGUUUCCAACACAUUGACAAAAAAUGUACCAAAUGUGGUUGGGCGCUUCCAUUGUUACAGCGACACCGGGUAGCCCGACCGUCUCUGAAGCGUCCAUUGGAAGAUCAUGACGCAGGGGCUGAGGACUCAUCCAAGCGGAUCGACCGACGACCUUGGAAGGAUGUGUACAGCGAACGACUGAUCAUUGAACGCAACUGGCGCAAAAACAAAUCCACCACACGAACGAUGGCGAGCAAACAUGCCGACAGUGUGAUGUGCAUCCAAUUUUGUGAACGACAAAACAUUUUGAUUUCGGGUGGGGCGGAUAAAACGGUGAUGGUUUGGAAUCUUGAGACGGGCGGUCUUCUCCAGACUCUCAAAGGCCAUGCGCGAGCCGUGCAGACGCUGCAAUUCGAUCAUACCAAACUUAUCACGGGAGCCAUGGAUCAUACACUGCGUAUUUGGAAUUAUCGUACAGGCGAAUGCAUGCGUGUCCUCGAAGGACAUACCGACGGCGUUUUGCAUCUUCAUUUUGAUUCACGAAUCCUUGCCAGUGCUUCCGCCGACGCCACGAUCAAGAUCUGGAAUUUUCAAACCGGUGAAUGCUUUACCUUGGCGGGCCAUACAGGGCCUGUAAACCAUGUUCAAAUUUAUCAGCAUCAUACCGUGAUAUCGGCAAGCAGUGAUCAAACCGUCCGCGCUUGGGAUCUUGAAACCCGAACUUGUACCUUUGUAUUCCGGGGCCAUAUGGCCGACGUUCAGAUGGCGCAACCGAGUAUGCCUGGAUUUCCCCAUCGUUUCACGGAAGCACAGAAGCAAGGUUCCGCGGAAACACCCCAAAUCGUUUCCAAAGCCCACGAUGACAGUGACCUCAAUUACCAUGAGCCUUCCUCUGAUACCGAUGAUGAUCACACGACACCUGUCAUUAUCUCCAGUUCCCUCGAUAAAACCAUGAAGAUCUGGUCUCUGCAGACAGGGUCUUGUCUACGUACGUUAUUCGAUGAACACGGGGUUCGCACACUGGUUUACGAUAAGCUACGACUGAUUUCCGGGUCCGAAAAUGGCAUGCUUAAAAUUUGGGAUAUGGAGAAUGGGUGCACUUUGCAUUCACUCCAAAGUCAUGCAGCUCCCGUGACGGCGGUCGCACUGAGUGACACCAAGAUCGUCAGUGCAUCCAAGGGCGGCGACAUUCGCGUCUGGGAUUUCGGCCCACUGUAAUUUUUACACCUGCACUCUCUUACGCACCCCCCCUCUCUCUCCCUCUCUUCCUUUUAUCAAAUCAAGCAUAUAGUAUACCACUCUACACUAUACAUCCCAUCUAAUAGAAAAAAAAUACAGCAUGUUUCAUCACCAACCAAUGUCCACUCAAUCGGCUUUUUAAAAAUAACAUGCAAAUGACACGGUUCAUGUGAUAGACCAAAGGUUGUUAUGCCUUUUAAAAUCGUUGUAUCAUUUUCUAGUUGCAGCACUGCUGAGGAAAAAUCGGCCGGUUCCACUACAGUGAAUCAUGCCAAGUUGACCUCAAUGAGAG